AAUCGCCGGAAAUAUAGACCGGAAGCCCCAAGAUAAAUUUGUUGGUUAGAGUUUGAAAGUGGAAGAUUUAAGAUUUUAUAUGGUGUCAUUAGAAAGCAUUAGUAUUUGGUAUAAUGCAGCGAUAUCCAGCACAAAAUAUUGCCCUUAUGAAGCCGCCAAAUACAAUAUCUAACACUAAUCAAAUGACUGUGCCUGUUCACACAUUAAUACGCCAGCCAGGCCGCUCGGUCGUUUCGCAACAAACUAUUCCAACUAUUAUUCCAAGACAGCCAAUAACUGCAGGACCACCUCCAUCAACUGAUCCUGUUUUAGUCGUUAUGGAAAUAAGAAUGGGACUUAGGAAAUUCGAAACUACUUCUCAUAAUUCCAAAGUAACUUUCCAAAACGAUGGCGUUAUGUUCCACGUGAAAAAUGAAGGAGAAUUUUCCCCGGUUUUGAUUAAUACAAAAUCAAUAACAAGAAUAACUAUUAACUUUCAACAUCCGUUCCCGGCUAUGUUUGUUCAUUUAGAGUCUUCAUCAAUCAGACAACUGAAAGAAAUUUUUAACCUCAGUAAUGAAGAGUUCGGAGAUAAUAACGAAAGAGAAUUACAAAGGUGCCUAAUUUUCAUCUUGACGCCUAAUGACAUAACUCAGUCAAUGAAGAAUCAAAUAGCUUCAAAAUGUGCCUUGAUGAAAAACAAAUUUAAGCGUCAGGAAGAGUUAUUAACAAUAAUAUCACCAACCCAAGUCUUGGACUUGCUGUUUCAAACUGAAGGAAACUUCACUGCUUGGCUUAACAGUAGUCCAUCCAACUUGCAAUUGGCCACCAACAUACAGACUAUUAAUGCAAUUAGUGCACGACAACCUCAGGUAGCUACAGUAACGUUAACUACUCCCAGGAAUAUCACUGUUACCCAACAGAAGGAUUGUGCUGCUGCUUCAACAUCAGCUACUCAGCAGCUACCAACGAGUUUCGUGUCCUCGCAACCAGAAAUUGUAUUACCAAAUAAUCCAAUGGAAAGGCAGAGAAUCGUGAGCGAUUUAUCAAAAAAUGGCAUCUAUAGGGUUAGAGAUAACGGAGAUUCAUAUAUCGGAAUGUGGAACGGCUCAAAUUUUACUAAGUGCCAGUGGCACGUUGAAGCUUGUAGAUUAGACAUGAAAGAAAUUCAUAUAGGAUCAUUAGUUAUUAAAUCUGACGAAAAAGACGAAUGUAAACUAUCAGGACACUCACUUAAUUUAAUAUUUUAUCAUGAAAACAAGAAGAUAAACUUUGACUGCAGUUUAAAAGAUAUAGUACAUAUCAAAGUUAAUAUCGAGAAGGGCUGUUUAUUCGUUGAAUUCGGACCAAUUGCCAUGAAUACAUUGAGGAACAAAUUAAAGAUGACUUUCGGUUCGGAGCCUUAUUAUGGAAAAGUAACGGAUAACGAAAGUCAUAAAUACUUUCUAAUAUGCUUGAAGCCUUUAAGAGAAAAGAAAACUCAGGCACUUGUCAAUUUAAAAUAUAAAGAUUGUGAUAAAAACGUUGUUCGUGAGAUAUGCUCCGCUCAGGCUGCCAGAAUAUUGAAUUUAUUGCAUGAAAGUGAUUCUAAGCAAAUGGAAGUUGAAGACGAAGAUGACGAUUUGAUAUUGUGUGAUACGGAAAUCGGUAUUAAGUGUCCUAUUACACAGCUGAACAUGAAAGAUCCGGUUAUGAAUAUGAUUUGCCAACAUAACUAUGAAAAAUUUGCUAUCCAAGCGCAUAUGAAGAGAAAGCCUAAUAUCGCAAAAUGUCCUGCAACUGGCUGUGGAAACACAAGUCCUAUCACAGAAAGUUUACUACAAGAGAAUAUUGAACUAAAAGAGCAUAUACAGAGAAUACGAAGGCAGUAG